CUGCGGAUUAAUUUUGUCUAUACGGUUCUUGGAAAUCCCCGAAUAUACGCUCAUAUUUCGACUCUGGAACUGGACGGUCUCAAUUCCUAACCGAUAAUCGUCUACGAAUAGCAUCAACCACCAACCCUUGUUCACCGCGCCCUAGAACCUCAAACACCAUGAACAAAAGGCCUGUCGAGCAGGCGCUAGGUAUCCUGCUACCGACGCACGCGCAAGACCUCCCACAAGAGCUUCUCAGUCUAGCCCUGUCGCUCGUUGCGCAAUCGCGCAGCUUCUCCUCCAGUCUCAAGCCCGAAGAAGAGAUCGCUCGGCCAUAUGCGUGCGCUGAAAUCGCCUGCAAGAGACUAACCCGCGCCCUCAAACUCCCCCCUCUCCUCGGCCACCCACCCUGUCCCCCACGCGCCUACAAAAAGCUAUACGCCUUCCUCGACCGAUCCCUAUCCACCAGCCUGACCAGCGCAUCACGCACAGGGACUACCUCAGCACCAGGAACACCCUCCCGAACAGGAUCCGCACCAUCAACACCAAGAAAGGGACAAAAGACCCCUUCGAAGAUCACCGCGACUCCGCGCGGAUUCCAAACCAACACGCCUACGAAAUCCACCUCUCUCAAGAGAGCUCUCACCCACGACACCGACAAACCAUCACCAUCUCCCAGACCUCAAAAGAUCACUAAACUCCGCCAGAAUGGCGUCUCCGGCUCGACUAUCAUCCCCGAUGCACCUGCCUGGGUCAUGACCUCUAUCCGAACAGUCUGUAAGACGCUCUCGACUCCGGCUCCGCGAAUGAGUACCUGGUCUCGACCGCCGAUAUCGAGAACUCUCCCUCCGCAUAUUUUCGCCGGUGUGUCUACUACUCUGUAUCUUAUUUCUGAGACGACGGCGAAGCACGAGGAGGAGAUCGAUGAGGAGAUGAUGGAGUUUCUAGAGCCGGUGAUUACGACUAAGGAUAAGGAUAAAGAUGAGGAUUUCAAAGAACUCAUCAAUGCUCUGAUCGUGGCGGUGUAUUUCAUUGUUCUGGCCCGACGGCGCCAACCAGCUGAUGACGCUCCGGAAACGGAAACAAAGAAAAUGGAUAAGAAGACAUUUUCGGAGAUGCGUCAGACUGCGCUCGUUAGUCUUGGACUUCCUUCUACGGAGAGACGACAUCGGGAGGAUGUGGAUCAGUGGAUUGCCCUGGUUAUGGAGCAGAGUUGGGCCCAGAGGAGGGAAUGGUUUGAGAAUAUUCCUCUUGCUGGGGAGUUGGAUGGUGAUGAGGGGGAUUUGUCGGAUCAGGCUGGGGGGUUUGCGGAGGGGGAGGAUGGGGGAAGGGCGGCGGUUGCUGGUCGUGGGUCUUUGGUGGUUGGGAAGUCUUCUAGACGUGGUCUUCUUCCUGGUUUGGGAACCAUGAUGCAGGAUCGUGUGGAUUGGUUGAGUGAGGAUCGUCGUGAGGAUUAUGUUGAGUGGAAGGCGGAGAUGAUGGCGCGUAUUGAGCUGGUCGAGAGAAGUGCGCAGGCUGCUUGAAGAUGGGAUGUAGGUUAUGAGGGACUGAUAUUGUAGGAUAAUAAGAUAUGAUACCCAGGAUGUGAAAAGAUUGGUUCCUCAUGUGGAG